AUGCAAAUGAUAGCGAUGGCAAAUGAUGAUAUGCAGUGCAUACGCCCAUCGUUCCCAACUCUGACAGAAGAACAAGGUUAUGCGCUUCCGUUAUUAAGUGCUCUCGAGGCGUGUUGGUUGGAGAUUCCAGAGAUGCGUCCGACAAUCAAAAAAGUCAAAGCAAUUGUGAACACAAAUCUUAAGGCGACAGGAAGUGGAUCAUUGCUGGAUCAGAUGAUGAAGAUGAUGGAAGAAUAUACGACCAAUUUGGAAGUACUCGUGAAGGAACGUACGGCAAUGUUAGAAGAAGCACAGAUACAAGCGGAUCGUCUCUUGAAUAAUAUGUUACCGAGGUAG